AUGACCGUACAGGCAAAGCAUAGUGACGGGAGGAAUGAGAAAUUAGCACCAAGGUAUUUUGGCCCUUAUGAGAUUAUGGACAAGAUUGGCGCAGUGGCCUACCGCCUAAAGUUGCCUUCCACCGAUACCAUACACCCAAUGUUCCAUGUGUCUCAGUUGAGGAGUGUUAUAGGGGAGUAUGCAGUUAGUGCAGAAUUACCAGCGAUAAUGACGGAGGAUUGGGAAGUGAUUUUAGAAUCUCUGGAGCUUAUAGGGGUAAGAUCAGAUAAAGAGGGCAAUGAGGAAGUGCUGAUUCGAUGGAACGAUCUCCCUGAUUUCGACGCUACUUGGGAACCAUUUGAAAGAGUGAAAGUGUAA